GUGUGAGCCGCGAGCAUUGACGAUGUGCUCGAAAUCCGAGCGUUUUCUUGCUAUCGAGCUGAUCUCUUCCUGGCGAACGUUAGCAUGGUUGCGCAGGCUGGAUCUGGGCCACCAACUCGUGAGAAAAUCUGUUUUCGCUCGAGAUCGUUGAGCUCCUCGGCCGACUGCUCGAGAAAGAAGCGCGCCUUGUCACUCGGUCCCGACAUGGUUGCGUUGCGCGUGUGAAGUUGUUCCACAAAAAAAAGUUGAAGGUUUACGUUUUAGGUCCCGCCUCGGCUCGGAACCCUGGGCCUGCCAAGAUCCCAGCACCGGACGUCAGGUAAACACUUCAGGGGAGCGUGCCAGCUUACGCGUGGAGGAACACACGACGCUCGUUCUUUUCUUUCUCUUCACAUAGCGGCGACCCAAUCCGAGGUUCCGCAAUUCCCCAGGCAUGCCGCCAAAAUACAGAGACAGCGACAUCGUCGCAAGUUUCAAUGGUAAAUGGAUUUCGUGGCUGCAUACCGCUGUGGCGUACACUGCAUUUAUCGGUGCAUUGGCUGCCGGCCUCUCUCUCCAUUGGCACAAAAUUGUACAAAAUGAGUUCUAUGGCUGGCCGCAAGAGUGGUUUCCGUCCGUCUCGGCCACUAUCGGAGAUCACUACCCAGAACGAUCGAUCUUCCAGCUGUUCAUUGCCCUAACGUCAGGUCCGCGAUUCGCCCUUGUAGGGUUGUGGUACGUUCUCACCCGCCGACCGAACUCGACGCUCCCGAAAUUCAUCCUUGGAGUUGGAAUUUUCCGGACGUUGACAUGCGGCGGGUGGACAUACAUCACUUCCACCGAUGACCAUGACUGGCACGACAUCUUCAUGAUCUCAUACUUGGUCUCUACGAUCCCGUGGACGUUCGGCGUAAUCGCCAUGAGUCCCAAGAAUCCCACAGCCGUUCAAUACCGCAAAUACUUCUCCGGGACUUUCUACGCCACAAUUCUUCCGCUGAUUUACUUCUUCAUACAGCACAAAGUGCACCAUGUGGCUGGAGCCUACACCAUCUAUUCUUUCUUCGAGUGGGCGCUGGUACUCCUCGACGUCGGGUUUGACGCUGUUACUAUGAUUGAGUUCCAGAACUUUGAGAUUCAGGUCAGAGAUCUCAAGGGCAUAAGCCGCGGUGCUGGCAACAAAGUCGUCGCCGACGCUAUUCUCGAGAAGGAAAAAAAUAGAGAGGCCCGUGCUGUCUUUGACAACCGCUUUUCCUGGUUCGGCCUGCUCAAUGCAGCAGCCGAUGUGUACACUGGGUUCGUAUUUUGGUCUAUGCUGACCUCCCUCGGAUUGUGCGUCUGGUACUUCCCUCUAUGGCACAUGGGCAUCUCCGGCUACGAGGUCUUGGUGAUGUGCACAGUUUCCCCCUUUCUCCUAAGCAUCAGACCUCUGCGCUACAUCUUCACGAAAUAUGUCCGCAUCUGCCACUUGCUCUCGCUCUCCGGCCUUCUCGCAUACCUUAUCAAGGACCCUGCCAAUCGUCUCUUCGCCGUCGGGUUCGGUGUGUGGAUGUCUUGUCUAUCAUGGGCUGCCACCUUCUAUGGAGAAAGGUCGCAGACUCACCGUCUUGAGGCACGCAUCUCGGCUUUUGCAAUUGGUUUGAUCCUCUCCAGUCUUGCCAAGUUCGCCUUUCAUACCAACAAUCCCAUCUGGCCUAUAAUGCAUGGACCAAACGACGGUUGGAACAAGACUGGCUUGGCUUUGGCUGUUGUAGCCGUGUUGGUUUCUACUCGUUCUACGGCAAGCUCUGGAGCUGACCUUCCGGCCCCGGGUCCCACCAAAGGCUCAGCAACACUCACCGCUUUCGGUAUCGCUGGACUCUUUUUCAGCAUGCACUCUCUCCUCUCCGACUCCAGCACUAUGAUUCUCUGGGUAUGGGAAGGCUACCCCGUUCGUGGUCCGCUUGCUGUGCCCCAUGGCGCCGUCACCCUCCUCGCCAUGGGCUUUGGUCUCCUCAUCGGUCUCUUCACGCCGUCGCUCGCUCGUUCGUGGGUAUUCUACGGCAUCGGCUCUGUCGGCGCUGCCGUCUUGACCACAUCCAAGCAUUGGACCGGCUACUACGGCGCACUCGUCCUUGCAGUGUACACCAUGGCCGCAGCACCUGUUCUCCUAGGCCAAGCAGCACGCCACUCUCCCGCCAAAACCUUCGGCAUCGGGUUCCUCGUGUACAACUUCCUCGUCUUAGCCCACGUCUGGAUCGUCGCCUACGCCUUCGUCCCCGGCGGCCCCCUCAUGCGAGAGCACACCGACUGGGUCAUGAGCGCAAUGAUGCUCUGCAUUGGCGCGGGCGUCUUCAGCCUCUCCGCGCAACCCCCCUCCCCUAAAGCCAAAGGCAAGCCCACAGCCCCCAACCCCGCCGCCCGCAAACAGCGCGCCUACUACGUCUACGUCCUCCUCUUCCUCGAGCUCCUCGCAAUCUCCGUCGCCUACCUCCGCUUCCCCUCGUACAACUACACUCCCUACCACCCCGAAACCAAGAGCAUCACCGCUGGCAUCUGGACCAUCCACUUCAGCCUCGAUAAUGACAUGUGGAGCUCGGAGCGGCGCAUGCGCGACGUGAUCCGCGAGCUCGAAAUCGACGUCAUGGGGCUCCUCGAGUCGGACCUCCAGCGCAUCAUCAUGGGCAAUCGCGACACGACGCAGUUCCUCGCCGAGGACCUGGGCAUGUACGUCGACUUCGGGCCCGGCCCGAACAAGCACACGUGGGGCUCGGCGCUGCUGUCUAAAUUUCCGAUUGUAAACUCCACGCACCACCUCCUCCCCUCGCCGGUGGGCGAACUCGCGCCCGCGAUCGAGGCCACCAUCGACGCGUACGGCGAGCUGGUGGAUGUCUUUGUGUUCCACUCGGGGCAGGAGGAGGAUCCCGAGGACAGGCGGCUCCAAAGCGAGUAUCUGGCUGCCCGCAUGAAGGCCACCCCACGCCCCGCGAUUCUGCUAAGCUACCUCGUGACGAAGCCGCUGCAGGGCAAUUACCACACGUAUGUGGGUGAGAAGAGCGGGAUGCGGGAUAUCGAUCCGUCCGACUGGGACCGCUGGUGCGAGUAUAUCCUGUAUAAGGGGUUGCGCAGGGCGGCGUAUGCAAGGGUGAGUCGGAGCACGAUUACGGAUACGGAGAUUCAGGUUGGAAAGUUCGUCGUGGGGCAGCCCGAGGGAUCGAAUGAUAUCAUUCCGGAAGAGCAGGUACCGGAGGGACUAAGGUUCCCGGCUUUGUUUAGGGGGCAGGGUGUGCGCGGGCAUCGGUACCAUGUUUUCGAUGAGCCGCGGUACUACGCGUAAGAGCAGAAUUUUGUAUGGAUAUUUUAGGGUGGAAUGCAAAAUGGGGUGAAGGAAGUUUAGGUACUGCUCAAUGUAAGUACGUGUAUGAUACGAAAAGAGGAAGAAUCGCUGGAACGCAAGUUUGAAAAGGAUGUCGUUGUAAAAUGCAAUAUCUACC